ACGUAGGUCCCCAACGAAUGGUCUCUUCCCUUUUUGCUUCUUUGCAACAUAAUCUAGCCAAUCAGAAACGAGAAUUCGACAACCCUGAGGUAUAAUGAGGUAUUAUAGGAACGUUGGCGAUCAAGUUUUAUUUUCAGCCAAUAAUAGGAACAGCAUCGUAAAAAAAGUGGGCCUUCACGCGUCAGCGUUGCAUAGAAACAGACUUUCUCUAUGGAAGCCGUUGCUACAAGAACAUGAAAAUAUAUUUUCAGGCAAUAAUAGGAACAGCCACGUUAAAAAGUGGGCCUUCACACGUCAGCGUUGCAUAGAAACAGACUUUCUCUAUGGAAGCCGUUGCUACAAGAACAUUAAUAUAUAUCUUCAGGCAAUAAUAGGAACAGCCACGUUAAAAAGGGGGCCUUCAAGCGUCUGCGUUGCAUAGAAACAAACAUUCUCUAUCGAAGCUGUUGUUACAAGAACAUGCUAGCUAACUAGCUACAAUGUUUUGACGUUUUUCCAUCGAUAGCUACGCUAAUGUUUUGAUGCUUAUUUUGCUAGACCAUUGACAGCUGAAUAGGGUUGUUAGAUAUAGCUAGACAAACAUAUCAAAUGUCCCUGACUGGAUGUAACGUUAAGCAUUAGCUACAUUUUAUCUACAGUUAACUAGUUAGAUAAGUCAAGUAGCUACUGGCUAGAUAACCAACGAGUUGAAAACAUAACGUUACCCGUUUCGCUAGUUUAGCUAAUAAGUUAGUUUAGACAUAUGACUUCGAAUGGGGUUGAGUCAUAUUUUAAGUGAAUAACUUAAGUUACAUGCCAAUGUGUGUCGCGAUAACGUUAAGCGGUUUAAUUUAGCUAGCUCAGGAGCUAGCGUUAGUGUAAUCACAGACUAAGUGUAAUCGGUCAUCUUGUUCCUAGCUAAAGUUAGCUAGCUACCUAGUUAGAAGUUAACUAAGCCGCUGUGCGACGCAGCUGAUUUCCCCAUCCCGAAGGAAGGAUGGCAAGCGACGCCAAUGGCAUUCCUGAACUGGACCAAGAUAAAUAUGAUGCAGAUGAACAAGUGAAGAUCAUCUGCCUUGGGGACAGUGCAGUGGGAAAAUCCAAGUUGAUGGAGAGGUUCCUGAUUGACGGAUAUCGUCCCCAGCAGCUGUCAACCUAUGCUCUGACACUCUACAAAUACAAUACCACCAUUGACAGAAAGGCUGUAUUAGUAGACUUCUGGGAUACUGCUGGACAGGAGCGGUUCCAGAGCAUGCAUCCCUCGUACUACCACAAAGCUCACGCCUGUAUCAUGGUGUUUGACGUGCAGAGGAAGAUCACCUAUAAGAACCUGACCAAUUGGUACACAGAGCUGAGAGAGUACAGGCCUGAGAUCCCCUGUGUUGUGGUGGCUAACAAGAUAGAUGCUGAUAUGAAGGUGACCCAGAGGAACUUUAACUUUGCCAAGAAGCAGGGACUUCCUUUGUACUUUGUAUCAGCUGCUGAUGGGACCAAUGUGGUCAAGAUGUUUAAAGAAACGAUCAAGAUGGCGAUGUCGUACAAGCAGAACUCUAGUGACUUCAUGGAUGAAGUGAUGCGGGAGCUAGAGAACUUUGAGCUGGAGCAGAACAAGGAUUUGUCGUUACAGACGGCUCAGAAGGGACUGAAACCAGAGAGCUCGGAGUCUGUCUGACUGGAUGUUGAUGUGGAUACAUUAUCCUCACGUUAUCUUUACAUUAUACUGACGUUGUGAACACAAGCUCUGAUUUGGACUACAGUGCAGCUAUGGACACUGGAUAUGUUAUCCAGAUAGUGUUGACAUUUUACUAGUCUACCAUGGGAGAGCCUUGCUCCUGAAUACCCGACGUUGUGGAUAUGUUAUAUUCAUGUUAUUCUCACUUUGUGGACAUGUUUUCCUUCCAUUCUCCUCAUGUGUGUAUUUUAUGCCAUGAGAGAGCCAUGCUUCUGUGGGACUGAUGCUAUGGAAAUGCUAACCUUUGACCCAUAUAAUAAUAGUGACCUGUGAGAACUGGGGAAAUCUAUUGAUGUGAGAACAAAACAUACUGUAGGAAACGUUGUCAGGCUGGUGAAAUGUCUGCCAAAGUGUGUGAAGCAGGCUUGUUAUUUGAGGUGAACUAGAAUGUGAAGCUUUGUAAAAUGUGGGGCACACACAAUACUUAUCAUUCCUAUUUGGGCUAUUUUUGGAGAGCAAAGUGAAACUGUGAAUGUGAACUCUCUUUGCCACUUGUGAUUUUUGUCAUCAGCUUUUGCUCUCUGAGGCUUUUACAUGAGGAUUUGUUCAAUGUAAGGUGAUAGUGGGGUACAUGUAUGUAAAGGCUGCUGUCGUUGCUCUUAAGUGCUAUAAUGUAAAGCCAGAGCUUUUAUGCCAUGUCUUUUAAUGUAUUUUAAACAAUGAAUGUACCUUGUAACCAUGUGACGGCACUAGCGACUGUUAGAUAUUAUUUCAGUGUGGUUUCAAACCUCAAUACUUGCUACCUGACAUGGCUAGGCUGCAUCAAUGUCACCAGUAAUUCAUUCCAGUGCAGUUAUCGAUCAAUGUACAAGUUAGAUAUACGUGUGUGUAUAUAUAUAUGAUAGUCAACUGGAAGUGUUGCAGAAGUACUGAAGAUCGCUCAGAACUACAAUGACUGACCACUUCUGAGAGGUUCACAAUCUAGGUGUAGUAGAACUCUAAGGACUGUAUUCUAUGUCACUGAAGUGUUAGAAUGCCUUCACAUUUAAAUCACUCUGAACUCCUGCAAUAUGGAUUGAAUAGAGCCCUUAAUGUUCUCUGUGGAAAAUCCACAUUUUUUAAAUCUGUAUGAUAAUCCUAUAAACUGUGAUUAAAAAAAGGAUAAUUUCAAGACAUACUGUCUUUGAUGUGCUUCCCUCAGGGUAUUAACCCUGGUUAUUAGUGGAAUUUCAACCCCCUUCAAGAAAUAAACAUUUUAUAAUCACA